GCCUUACCAAAUGUGGUGGCGUCUCUGUUUAUUAACGACAGUGCUAAUCUGAGACAAACAUUUCUGAGGAAGUUAUUUUAACGAGGGCUAUGACGUCCUUUCGUGUUGUAGGAGGGAUUUUAGCUGGUGUCACCAUGUGAAAUGACCACCCAUUAGCCUGGUGACCCCAUAAGUGCAUCUCGUGGGAGGCUUUGCCAGAGGACAGUGCACUGACACUCAUACCCACCUGGGAUUGCGAGGCAGUGACUGUCUCUUUGACUUUGGCUGGCACGCACAGCCACCACAACAGCCCUGCAGGAUUCACUUUGGCAGAGAUGUGUUCACCUGGGCAAAGGCUUCGACUCUGAGAAUCUCCUCCAAAAGCGCAAGCAGGUUCCCGCUCGGCCGCUUAAAUUGAUCUUCCCAGAGCAUGGCACGGUCCCACUGACCGCACCUCUGGGCGGAGCGGAUCGUCCGAGAUGGCCGGGGGGCCGUGAGCAGCAGCAGCAGCAGCGUCCUGGCGGGGGGAUGCGAGUCGCACCGCCGGUGGCCCAGCCCGCUGCCGCCGAUGGACGCCAAGCUGCGAGAGGACCUGUUCAGGAAGUACGCCCGUUCACUGGAGCGCAGGCUGGAGGAGGCUGACGACGGGGGGGAGCGCGGGCCGCCCGAGGAUGGGGACCUGCUCCCCGCGGCCGAGGCACUGCUGGGUGCCCGGCAGCCGGAGCCCAGCCAGCGCUUCCGCGUCCUGCGCUUCUACGAGGUGGCAGAGAACGCCCUGCGGACCCUGAAGAGCUCCAGCCUGCAGGCCCUGGAGACGGCCUUCGCCACGCUGGAGACCAUCUGCGCCAACUUGCUGCUCUUCCCCUGGAAGAAGGAGUUCCGCUGCAUCAAGACGUUCACUGGCCCCUUCGUGUACCACCUGCAGGCGGCCGUCUGCGAUGCGGACCUACGUAUCUUGCUGCGCGCCAUGGGCUACUCCUGUGACCAGGACCUGCAGUACCAUGCCCGUGACCACCCAGGGGGGGCGCCGCACCUGCGGCAGCUGGCAUUUGAGCUCUUCCUGGCGCGGGCGGAGUGCAGGCUGCUGAGGGAGGUGGUGAAAAUGGCGGGGGGCGUGACCAAGGAGCUGGAGGCGGUGGAGGCGCGGCGGACGAGCCGGGAGGACGCAGCAGGCUGCGCUGAGGCCCUGCGACACAGCCACGCUCUGGCGGCGGAGGUCUCGCGGCUGGCCGUGCGCCCGGUGGAGCUGGACCGGGCCCACCUGAGGAGGAGCGGGCGCCCCCCCUCCCGGUCGGUGGACGUGACGGACAGCGCGGGGCACUGGCACCCGGCCAGCAAGCCCGUCCUGAAGACCUCGCUGAGCCUGCGCAAGGAGCCGCUCUUCGUGGACGCCGAGGAGGACGCGAAGGACGAGAUCAUUCGGCCCACCGCAGCCCUGCUCGCCCCGGCCGCCCCGCCCCCCUACGGCCCCACGGGCGACUUCUUCCCGGCCCGCUCGCCGUCAGCGGAAUCCUACACCUACCACCUGUCCUCCCUGGACGACGUCGACCUGUACACAGAGCGCGGAGGGGGCCGCCAGACCCCGUCCCGUCCGCCCAGCCGCGAGCCCUGGGACGGCCGCGAGAGCCGGGGGCCGAAGGGCCACGGCGGCCCCUCCCUCGGCAUGAAGUGCCAGGGCUGCAGCCUGGUGGGCUCCAGCCUCACGUCCUGCCAGAGGUGCGACAUGAUCCUGUGCUCCGCCUGCCACGCCGUGGAGCCCUCCCCCUGCUGCGGCUCCCAGGACUUCCCCAAGCCCUCCCGCCCCCUCGACGGCUACGUGCCAGCUAAGGAGAAGCUGUCUGUUUACUCCACCUCCCUCUCUGAGAAGCCCCUGAUGGCGACCAAGCUGUUUCCCAGCAAGCCCCUCGUGGCCCCCGGCGGCGGCGCUGCUGGCUCACGCUGCGGCUUCUGCAACAAACCCGCUGCCUCGCACACCUGUGUGAACUGCUCCAAGGUGUCCUGCGACACUUGCAUGGGGCUCUACACGAAAGAUGUAUGUAGCCGCAAGAGCCCGCACCACAGCUUUGUGCCCAACCAUCAGCUCAACUACAAAUCCAGCUCCAUAACCCACCUGGUGUAUCGGUGAACUCAACUCGUGCUUCUGGCAGUCGCCCGCGGAUUGUCUCAGACUUUAUAUCAGACAUUCAUGUCCAUCCUGGAAUGCACAAGUCUUUGAGCCUUCUCUCCUUGCUUAAUCGGUCUUGUAGAAGCCCAGCCCCCCGUUGCUCUAAGUAACUCUGCCUGCUGGGUCAUGUGAUCCCAUAGCUCCUGCCAAGUCAUAGCUGGCCCCAAAGGUCAUAAAGGAGUCCCGUCGUUGGGGACCAAAUGAACCAUCCACAUUUCUAAUGAUUGGUAUUACAAUGCUCUUCUUUUACUGUGAAUGUUCUGUGCUAAGCUUUUGUCGUAAGAAAAUGCAACAUACACUCUUAGAAUCCCUCUAGCCAAAUGUUGGCAGAAUAGAGCAAAGAGUACACUGGAUUUCAACAGUAUAUAUUUGAAAACUUUAAUAUAUAGACUAAUAUAAGACUUGCAGGGAGGCAGGGCUGCUAUGAGACAUUUCAGCUGCUAUAAACUUUUUUUUUUAGAUCACUCCAUACCCUCAGAAAGUAAAGCUGAGGUUUUGUCGCUGCUGUUGAAGUACAGAAUCACUUUGUUACAGUUAAUCCCUCCAGUGAAUGGUUUUGUUAAACCUUCUCUUCCAAAACCUCACUGAUAACCCAACAUCCUUGUUCUGUAGAAAGAGAAGAACUGUGAGAUAUGACUAAGUUCAUUGCAGAUGGAAGGUAGGCCUCUUGAAUUGUAGUAACAACUCAGAAGGCACUGAUGUACAGUUUUUAAGUAAAGCAGAGGUAGUGUGCAAAUUUUGUUGUCACACUAUGACUGUCACAGAACUACCUGGGAUUAUUGUUCUUCUCAUGAAACCUGUAUGAAUCAGCACAUUGACAGUUGAUUAAAACCCCUGACCCGACCUCAGCGUGCAGCCCAGCGGCUACAUCAUCCUAUGACCGCUGAUUCGUGUGAGUCACAGGAAAGCACGUUUUCAGCUGGCAGAAAAGGCUCAGGAUGAUAUAUGCAAACAUCAUAGGGGCAGAGAUAGCAGGCAAAAGUCCUCUUUUUGGAUUGUGUUUGUGGGCAUUGCAUUUGGGUCCAUCCUGUCCUAGCCGUGGUCUUGCCGCUGUUGCUGUGACAGCCCAGAGUGGAAGCUGUACUCUGCCGUCUGCCUCAUUUCAGAGAAGGCUUUGCACACUGUACAUAAGUUCAUCUUGAUACUGGAACAUACCAUAUAGUCCUAACUUCCAUCAUUUCACAUUGAUACUGACAUACUUGCUGAAGGCGUAAUCCUCAAUGCAUUUUAGUAUUGCCCUGUUUGUUCAAUGUUUACAGUGCAUAAAGGGUUUACAAGUGUUGGCGUUAAACGGUAACUGUUUACAUGGCAUAUUUGGCCCAGAUUAAAUUGAAGAAACUAACAUAUCCAUGGCCGAUUUUACUAGAAUGCUAUUUGUUGAUGGUUUGGUUUGCCCCUGCUGAUAGAGAAGAUUUCAUUGACGGAUGAGAGUUCUUUGUCUUUACCUCCGAUUUCAUCUGUGAACAUACCAACAGUUGUUUCCUGCACAGCUGAGGCAUGAGUGUUGCCAGGCUCAGCUGGUUUCUUGGAAGCGGCUUACACGUAUUGUUAUUAGAUUUAUUAUCUUAGGAAGGGUGUACCCGUGCAGAGAUUAUGAUCCAGUAUAGCCUGUCUGAACAUACUUUCCCUCCAUUAAAAAAAGACUAGUUUGUCAAAGGCAGGUGACCUUAUAUCAGGGGCAACUUUAUUUUGGUUGGUUGAGUCCAGUGGAGUUUUUAUUCUUUAUGUUUUGUUUUUCUGUCGAUUAAAUGCUUGAUCCACAUCCAGAGACUUUCCACUGCAAUGCCUACGGGCCACACGACAAUGAAGGGAACACUGGGCCAAGAACCAAUGGGAAAAUACGCCUUUGAGAUGUGACUGGUUUAUAAUACAAAGAGUUCAGUCGUAAUGACUGGGGCAACUCCCCCGAAAUAAAAAUAGCAUUUUUUCUCUCAACUGUGUUGUCACUGGACAGGUAGGAGCACUGAGGGGGGGCCUUCAGCGGAAUAGCACAACACAGAGGUGUCGGGUGUUAAACUGAGCUAUGCAAUAUUAUAAGAGGAGUAUACAGAGGUGGUUAAGUGUGCCUAUUCUAUAGCAGUUAGCAAAAGGUUUCUGCUUUAAUUCCAGGGCUUAAUUCCAUCAGUUUUACCUUUAGCAUUUCCUUUGCUGUUUGGCGGUUUGCUGGUUGACCACUUUGCCUGCCAAUGACAAUGCCUCGUUUUGUUAAUUUUUGUUUGUUUGUCCGUUUUUUUUUUUUUUUACUUUGAAUUCUAAUGGAAAAGCUUCAUGUUAAUGGUUCUGUGAAGUAUACUGGAUUUAGUGAUAACACUCACAGAAUGCACAUGUUCACUGGGUCAUUGACCUAUCAUGUCUUAUUACCAUGACAGCAUCUAUACCCUAACCAUGUCAUUUAUAUCCAAAGCAUUUGUACUUGAGACAGUUUUAAGGGCUGUCCUCACAGCGCCUCCAAGACAGACCUGUGUUUAUCAGUAAUUGUAUAAUGUAAUUCUAUAAUUGUUCUACAUGUGACUUUUAGAUGGGUAAAAUUAGUGCAAAGUAAAAAAAAAAUUAUAAAUAGUAUUUUUAAUUUUAAAAAGCAAACCAUUCAAAUUUUGUUGUUUGGUCGAUCUUCCUUAUGACUGCAUUAAUGGAUACUGCCCAACGUCAUGCACAGUUCAGGCCAGCCUUCUGGAAAAUUACAGAAUCUUAUUAGUGAAAAUCAACUCUUCAGGGUUUUUUCUCCUGCCAGCAGUCAGCAGGGGUUCUCUAACCAUGUUAACCCAUAACACUCCUGUAUUAUUAGAUGCUGAGAUACUGCAAAGAACCUGCGUCAGUCUCAGCCUUAUUAUGAAGCGGACCAUUCCUGGCUUUUGAACGAGACUUCUGAGGAAGUGCAAGUCAUGUUCUGGCAGUAGUGUUUUCAUUAAAUAAACGCUGUGUCUCUGGACCCCAGGCAGCUGCAGCCAAAGAGAGCCCAACCUUGGCAGAAAUGACAGUAAUGAAUUGACAGCCCAGCAGUCAGCUGAAGUGAUCAUGUCGCUAGAAGAACGAGGGAAAAGUGAAUUCGUUUCAGCGCUGGAUGCUAGAGUCAAUAGCACGUCCCCUGCAACAUUGACCUGGAGUGCGUAAAGCUGUGAUUUAUUAGGAUAAUUAGGGAAGAUAUAUAAGCUAAAGUAAAUGUUCUGAAUAACCUUUUAGAGGUGGCCUCAUCUGAAUCUACCAGUUUCUGAAGCCUCUCUCAUGAAAACACUGUAUUGGCUUCUGUUCUAUCUCUGCAUUAUAGAAGCUCCAUGCAUUUACGGCUCAGCAGCAGGCAUUGGGGCGAGGGACAACCCUUCUGUCAUUAAGGUGAACACUGCAGAAACUGAGCCAGUGAAGGUUUUUUUUUCUGUCUUCAGCCUUCAAUAUUGAAACAUCCUCUUGCUCUCUGUUUUGUGGUAUCUUAUAGGUAGUAAGUGGUGGUGUUGUCUGAAUUAGCAUUAGCCUAUUGCGUAUGGCAUGGGUCAUAUCUCCCCUCUCUUCAUCUGAGGGAGCCCCGCUGCUUCUUUUAAAAUCGCAGCCCUAUCACCUACUCAUUCUACAUCACGUGCCAGGAAGCCCUGGGUGCUGCUUGUGGAAUCUGUGUGUUUGUUGUAGCUUUUAUUUUUUGGGGUGGGGUGGUGGGGGUUUGGGUAGCCAAAUUGUUCCUGUGGUUGAAGUGCAUAGAAAUAAAUAAA